AGAAACUGUAAUUUGAAAUUCAACAUGGUUGUAAAAAAUACGACCACCAUUCUGAAGAGACUGAGAGCUCUGUUGAAGAAUACAACAUAUGUAACUGAACAAAUACAUGCCUAUAUUGUACCAUCAGGAGAUGCUCAUCAGAGUGAAUACAUAGCACCAUGUGAUUGUAGAAGAGAAUUUGUCUCAGGAUUUUCUGGAUCAGCAGGAACUGCUGUAAUAACUAAUGAUAAAGCAGCACUUUGGACAGAUGGGAGAUAUUAUCUACAAGCAGAGAAACAAAUAGAUUCUAACUGGAUCCUUAUGAAAGAUGGUUUACCAGACACUUUAUCACAAGCAGAAUGGCUGACAAAGGAAUUACCUGUUGGUGGCAGAGUUGGAGUUGAUCCUUAUUUGAUGUCUUCGGAGACCUGGAAACCAAUGGACAAAGUUUUAAAAGAGGCGGGACAUAUGUUAGUCCCUGUAUCACAGAACUUAGUAGAUCUUGCUUGGGAAGAUAGGCCUUCUCCUCCACAAAAUCCAUUGAUGGUCCUCCCUGAUUCAUAUACAGGACAGACAUGGGAAGACAAAGUUCUGAAAGUGAGAGAAAAAAUGAAGUCCAAGAAUUGUGGUGCCUUCGUCGUUACUCCUCUGGAUGAAUUAGCAUGGCUGUUUAAUUUGAGAGGCUCAGACAUUCAGUAUAAUCCAGUUUUCUUUGGUUAUGUUGUUGUUACCAAGGAAACAGUUGAUUUGUUUAUAGAUGAGGAGAGGUUAGUGAGUUGUGUUAAAGAUCACCUACGUCUAAAUGGCUCAUCUGGCGGUAAAGUAGCUGUUACAAUACAUCCAUAUGGACACGUAGGAAAGUUUGUGGCUGAACUUGUGGAUAAAGUGGAAGGUAAAAUCUGGAUAAAUCCAAAGUCAAGUUUUGCAGUGUUUAAUGCAGUUCCAAAAAAUAGAAGAUAUGUUCAGCCAUCACCUGUUACUGCCAUGAAAGCUGUCAAAAACGCCACAGAAAUAGCUGGUAUGAAGCGAGCACAUCUAAAGGAUGCAGUGACACUUUGUGAAUAUUUCUGCUGGUUAGAAAAAGAAGUCCCAAAAGGAACAGUUACUGAAGUAUCUGCUGCUGAAAAAUUGGAAAAUAUCAAAAGAGGCCAGAACGAUUAUAUCAGUUUAAGUUUUGAUACUAUAUCCAGUACAGGGGCACAUGGUGCUGUCAUACAUUACAAACCUUCAGCAGAAACAGAUCUUCCAUUGAGUACAUCAGAGAUAUAUUUAUGUGACUCAGGAGCUCAGUACAAAGAUGGAACAACAGAUGUUACCAGAACAAUGCACUUUGGAACACCAACAGAUUUUGAAAAGGAAUGUUUUACAAGAGUUCUGAAAGGAAAUAUUAACCUGUGUACAGCCGUUUUCCCACAAGGGGUCAAAGGACACAUGUUAGACACACUAGCCAGGACAUCUCUUUGGAAUGUUGGUUUAGAUUACUUACAUGGAACUGGUCAUGGAGUGGGAGCUUUCCUUAAUGUUCAUGAAGGUCCAUGUGGAAUAAGUCCCAGAGUUUCAUUAACAGAUGUGCCAUUAGAAGAGGGAAUGAUCUUAUCAGAUGAGCCAGGUUACUAUGAAGAUGGAAAGUUUGGUGUCAGAAUAGAAAACUUGGCUUUAGUAAAGAAAGCUGAUACACAGCACAACUUUAAGAACAAAGGAUUUUUAACAUUUGAAACAAUCACCUUAGUACCACUUCAGAAUAAAAUGAUAGAUCCAUCAUUACUUACAGAAAAAGAGAUGACCUGGAUCAAUGAUUACCAUACACAAGUCAGAGAUGAAGUGGGCGCUGAGUUGAAACGACAAGGAAAACAAGAGGCCCUAAAGUGGAUGAUGAAAGAAACACAACCUAUUGGUUAAAUACAAACUCUACAAUAUUCUAAUAUGUUUCCAAUUUGAAAAUUUAUUAAGAAGGUUGUCUGAAAGACAUCUUUGCUUAGACAAUUGUAGAUUAGCUUUAUACAAAUUGAUAAACAUUGUUUAGAGAAGAAUUUUUUUUAUUUAAGUUUGAAAUCUAUGUCAGUUUCAAUGGUUAAGUGCAGAAAAUUCUUUGUUUAGGAUGGUUGAAAAUGUUUAAUAAAAUCAUUAAGAAACCUUAGCUUACAAUAUUAAAUAUUGAUUCAGAGCUGAAACAGAAUUCAUAAUGAAGAAUCUUCAUGUCUUGAUAUUUAGUCUUUUCUAUUUUGAAAUACAGACAUGAAUCUAUAGUUUGAUUGACUUUCAUUUGAUAAAAAUUGAAUUUUAGUCAAGUGUUGCAUAAAUAUCUAUGAUAACAGUAAUACGUUU